AUGGAUUCUCAAGAUAUAGUUAGAAAGACAAAUGAUCAGCCUGAAGUCUCCUUGAUGGUUGGUGAAAGUGCGAAAUCGCUUAAUCAAGCUUUUCUCAGUAUCUGUGAGUCUUUUAUCGCAAGUGAAGUCGUCGGUGGAGGAUCCAUGAGAAUUGGCAAGUUCAUUUCAUUCAUUCUAUCUAUUAGUAAACACUUCUUGAAGAAAAAUAUUUGUGAAAUCGUCGAGGAAAAUACAUCCUCUACAAUAGACGAAGACAAGUUUUAUGAUGCUGAAGAAAUGUUUUCAAUAUAUGAUGAUGACAAGGAUGUUGUAGAAAUCCAAGUAGUGGACAGUGAGGAUAAUACACUCUUGAGAAACCUGAAACAAAAAUAUAAGGAGACUAUUGAAGACAAAUAUUCUACUCAACUAAAACAAUCAUAUUGUUCUAUUUGUAUGGAAGCUAAACCAGUUAUAGAAAUGUUCAAAAAUCAAAAUUGUUCACACUCUUUCUGUGAGGAUUGUAUUGGAAGAUAUUUAACUACAAAAAUUCAAGACAAUAUAUCAUGGGUAAACUGUCCUGAACCAAGCUGCAAAGGAACUUUAGAGGCUUAUCAUUGUAUUUCAAUUAUACCAAAGGAUGUGUUUGAUAGAUGGGAAAAUACACUUUGUGAGAUUUCGGUCUUAGAAUCACAAAAAUUGUAUUGCCCCUUUAAGGAUUGUUCAGCUAUGUUGGUGAAUGAUGCAAAGGAAAUUGUGACGGUUUCAGAAUGUCCACAUUGUCAUCGAUUGUUCUGCGCACAAUGUAGGGUUUCAUGGCAUGCGGGAGUUGAUUGUAGAGAGUUUCAUAGUUUGAUAAACAGUGAGCAAGGAAGGGAAGAUUUAUUGACGAUGAAACUUGCAAAGAAAAAGAAUUGGAAAAGAUGUCCAAAAUGCAACUACUAUGUUGAAAAAGUUCAUGGAUGUACUCACAUUAUUUGCAGAUGUCGUCAUCAAUUUUGUUAUGGAUGUGGAGGCACUUGGACGGGAGGAUCCCAUUAUAAGUGUAAAGCUCGAAAGAAAAUUACACUAUGCCCUUGUUUGAUUUGA